AACAUGUGGGGCUUGUCCCAGUUGGAUUCCUCAGCUACAAUAAGCCGGCGCAUUCAGACACAUAUAAAUUACCGUGUUACAGAAGGGGUUACAGCAGAUAUUGACUUUCAAUUGUGAUGUACUGCCUAAAAAGGCACAUGGGCUAAAGGGAGCGACCACGAGCGAAAAAAAAACAAUACCAAAGAUGUCUUCACUGUUUGCCACCCACCCGAAGUCGAUAGUAUUGAAUUCAACUAGCACUUGCUGAGAAUAAAAAAGUGAACCCGUAUGGUUUCUUGCAAGACACAAGAAAGACAACGCACGGAUCAACAGGCUGCUAUCUCCUUCAAAAACCAAACCAGCAGUACCGGGGAGAUUUUUUGUUGAUUGAUUCAACAUUCUUUGCAGACUUCAAAAAAAAAAAAAAAAAAGCUUUCGUCCACAUCUUAAAGUAUAGUAAGCGAUGCAGACUGAAAGGAAAUGGCACAUAGUCCUGGGCAUUAUCUUUCUGCUGGUCACCUCGGGCCAAUGCAUGGACAGCAAGGAAUCUAGGCAGAAAGAAAGGAGGACACUUCUGGAUCUCAUCCUACAGGUCAUUGGGGAGAAGCAAGGUGACAAAGAUGUCUCCCGGCAGUAUGCCGGGGGAAUUUACUCUGUAGAUCAAGACUACAAAUUUUCCUCCAGAGAAAAGGCCUUGUUUGUUCCCCAGCUGGACAACAACAGACCAAUAGAAAUUGUCCCAAGAGAUGUUAACUUGAAAGACAAGUUUAUAAAACAUUUCACGGCAGGACCAGUCAAGUUCUCAGCUGAAUGCAGCAAGCAUUUCCAUCGACUCUAUCACAACACAAGGGACUGUUCCAGACCAGCAUAUUACAAAAGAUGUGCAAGAUUGCUAACGCGGUUAGCAAUGAGUCCCCUAUGUACACAGUCUUAGAAAUCUGCCAUGUCCAAUUAAAAUGAAGAUGGAACUCUAAUUUGCCAAGAAAGUGCCUUGGAAUCUUACCUAAGAUGGUCCUUCUAAUGUCAUCUUGAUAACUUUUUUUUUUGUGGUUUACAAAACAGUUUUAUUACUGAACACCUUUUAUUUUCAUAUAUUUGAAACAUUCCUUUUUGUGUUAAUAAAAAAUAUAUAUUUUCUAUUCAUAAUAUUACUGCUAGUGUUGAUGUAAGUCAAUUAUUUAUUAAAAUACUAUGUAUAUAAUGAUCUGCAGUGACAACAUGUUUCAAUCAUAAGCAGAAGAUCAAGUGUAUUGGCGAGAUAUUUUUUUCAUUAUACUCAUGCCAUUUUUUCUCAGUCUGAUGCUCACAUAUUGCACUGAUCUUAAUGUAAGACAACAUGUAACUGACUUAUUCUGAGAACUCUUGUUUCUUUUAAGUUAACUUGCUGGAUAUUAUGAGCUUUGUGAAUAUGCAGUUGCAUAUUAUGAAAUGUUGCUGAGACAAACACAGUGCUUUUCAAGAAAAUUUGUAUAGCUGUUAUUGAUUAUCAUCAGUUACACCUGAACUGGCACUUCUGUAAAAGUUUGCAAAUAAUGUAAAUAAUGACAAAGAUUGGAAGACUGCAAUGCAGUCUUGGAGGAAUAAAGAUUAUUAAUCAAA